UUGGUGCUGUCUGCAGACUUGCUGAAGGUGCACUCAAUCCCAUCAUUUAAGUCACUGAUCAAGAUGUUCAAAAGUUCUGGUCCCAAGACGGACCCCCUGGGGAACACUGCUCAUCGCUGGACCAUUUUCCCUUCCUCCUUUAUCAGAGGGGUGCACUUUCUUUGUCUUUAAUUUUUUUACUAAUGUACUUGCAGCAUCCCUUCUUGUUACUCUUUGCAUCCCUUGCAUUUCUGCUGCUGGCUGCAAGGAUGAUGUACCCCAAAUGUCCCUGAUUGGUAGGAACAGUGUAGCCUGAAGUUGUAGCCUGGUUUGGCUGAGCAUCGUCACACUGGGCAGCUCUGCUUUUGCUGCUACCCCGACUCUCCUCUGUGACGGCAGAGCUGGCUGCUCUCUGCUUGGUGCUGCAGCAGAGGCACGCUGCUGGAGAUGUUACUUACAGCUGCUGCUUAGCAACCAUGUUUGCAAGACAGCAGUAAAUGGGCUAUAGCCCCUCUUCAGAUCAGGUAUCUAGAAGCCUUCAAGAGUCUUAAUUAUCAGUUACAUGAAAAUGCUGUCCUUUGCUUGGCAGCAGCUCUUGGUGAUUUGUUCUGCAGAAUCACAUGUGACUCCUGGACAGCAGCUCAGCAUCCUGCAGGAAGAGGACUUCUGUUGUUCCCCUUGUUAAGGAUCAUUUUAUAAGGAUAUAAGGGGCUGCAAGAUGUGGCUGGGCUUUAGGGAGAGGUGGGCAAUGUUCUCAUGACAUCUGUAGUGGUGAGAUGUUCCUUUGCACAUGUCCAUGUGCCAGUACCUGCCCCCAUUGCCACAGCUGUGUCCCCUGUCCCAGCUGCCUCCAUCUGGCGUGUGACCCAGAUUUGGUCGGCCUGCCCUCGGCGGAUAACCCCAAUGGCUGCUGGGUGCUCUGGCCGCGGGGUUUGCAUUGCCCACUGCACUGAAAGGACGGGGGCUGCCCUGCUGAUGCCCUGCGGGUCCGUGGAGAGCUAGAUCCUCGCGGAGCCGGGCCGGGGCUGGGACAGGAGGCAGAGCCGGCUGAGGGGACGUGAGCUGCUGCCAGAGACGGGAAGAGAAAGCGCUCUUCUUAGGUUGGGUUCCCCGGGCUCUGGCUUCGUGCAAGUGCUGGGUCGUCCCGGUCAGUCUCCGUGUACCGGUGGAAUCCGACAACGGCGUCCUCGUGAAACGGACGCGUUACGAGCGCGGGGGGGCCUCCCCCACCUCCGGGGGGCACGGAGGGAGGAGCCGCAGCAGGCGGUGCGCGGGGCGGGGCGGGGCGGUGCCGCGGGCUGCUCGGCCCGAGGGAGCGGGUGCGGAGGAGCUGCGGGGGGAGCGGGAGCUGGGGUGGAGCACACGUGCUGCUGGUCGGCUCCCUGCGGAACGCGCUGUGUUUCAGCUGCUGUCCCGCGAUGUGCGAGGCGGGGCUGCUGGCACCGGAGCCUUGCGAGGCGGCGCGGGGCUAUGGCGAAUCGUCGGACACCUGCUGCCAUAUGGACCGCUGGCAGAGGCUGCGCACCGCCGUCCGGAGGCUGGAGUUCUGGGAAAGCUUCAGUGCCGAGCUGGUCGGGAGCGGCUUCUUCUCAAAGGUGUACAAGGUGACCCAAGCUGCUGCUUGUAAAGUGAUGGUGGUGAAGAUCUACAAGAAUGACGUGGACCAGGAGGUGAUAGUGCGUGAGAUCAGCCUGCUGCAGAAGCUCUCCCACCCCAACAUUGUCAGGUAUCUUGGGAUAUGCGUAAAGGAUGACAAGCUGUACCCCAUUCUGGAGUAUGUGAAUGGAGGCUGCCUGGAGGAGCUCCUGGCCAGCAAAGACAUCACUUUGUCAUGGAAGGAGAAAGUGGACUUAGCCUCUGACAUCACCAGGGGCAUGAUCUACCUGCACUCCAAGAACAUCUACCACCGAGAUCUCAACUCCAAGAACUGUCUCAUCCGAGUGACACCACGUGGCCGCGAGGCGCUGGUGGCAGACUUUGGGCUGGCCAGAGAAGUGGUGGAGCUGCCCGUGCAGUAUGCAGAGAGGAAGCUGUCCCUGGUGGGCUCUGCCUUCUGGAUGGCUCCUGAGAUGUUGCGGGGAGAGCCCUAUGACAGGAAGGUGGAUGUGUUUUCCUUUGGCAUUGUGCUCUGUGAAAUCCUGGGCAGGAUCCCAGCGGAUCCCGAAGUACUUCCCAGAACUCAGGACUACGGCCUGGAUGUGGCUGCCUUCUGCAGGAUGGUCAGCGGAUGCCCCCGGCGGGUGCUGGACCUUGCUGCUUGUUGCUGUCAGGUGGAAGCAUUCAAGAGACCAUAUUUCUCUGAUAUCCUGGAUGAGUUGGAAGACGUUGCAGAAAGCCUGGAGCCCAGGAGGGACAAUCCACUUUCAAGCUGAGCUGUGGGCUCCCUGCAAAGCCUUAUGGAUGGACUUUAAAUGGAGGGUCAGAAAUGAAGAAAGAAGGUGGAUAACGGAAGAACUAAGUGACCCACUGGUAUUUAUUUAAUUAUAGUCUCAGUCUCUAAUUUCUGAGAUUGAAAAAUGGAGAGGAGACUUAACCAAGGUCUUACCUGAGGUUUUUAACAGAUGUAAUUCAGACAGCAAACAGCCUUUGUUUGUUUGCUUGUUAAAAGUAAAUGAUCCUGGAAGGCAGGUCAGGGACCUUGAUUGCCUUUGAGAAUGCUUUCCAAAUCCUCUACAGAAAUGCAGCCCUCUCUGGCUUCCCUGUGCUCCCUGGGUUCAUGGCCUUCUCCUUCCACGUCCUCUCUGUGCUUGGGGAACCUCUGUGGGGGCUGGAAUCCCUUUGGAGAAAAGCUGGGGGCUUUGAGGCACACAGAGAGCCUCAAAGUUGCCGUACGCUUCAAAGCCUUAAAACCCUCCUUGAGUGGCCUCACAGGGAUGGCUGCAUUGUGUAGUGGGGAUACUGGUGGGAUCCUCUGACAUGUGCAUGGGGCACACCAACAUUCAGUGAGGUUUUGGGGAGCAGUGUGGAAGGUGUGCCUCACUGAGGUGUGAGCCAACCAGUCAGUAUCUCCUCUCAGAACUGGUCCUGUGCUCUGUCCCAGUGCUGCGGCUAUCUGGAUUUCUCCCCACAGCCCUCUGUCAGGGUAUGGAGGUGGGAGAGGUGCACCUCUUAUCCUUCCACAGGUACCUGUCUCCAGUUCAGCUGGUUGCCAGGCCUCAUUGGGAGGGACGUGUUCUACUUAGGACCGAAAUAUCUGUGGUUGUCAGUAGGUGUGAUGGCUGUGUGGCAGUGGAGCUGUGUCUCUUUUGUACACUGUAAGCUCUUGGAGUAGGGGCCCUUCGUACACCAAAAAGUAUUUGUAAUUUGUAAUAAAUAAUGAGGUGUGCAAAUAGCAUUGCAGACCUACAUGUAGACCUGAUCUCGAGGUCUUGGGCAGAAUUUGGUGUCACAUGUGGCCCAGUGUCUCUGUGCCUUGGCACCCACACAAAGGAGCAGCAGUAGCGUGCCGAGAUGGAUGUUGUGGUGGAUUGCAGUGUUUUCAGCAGAGAUACCUCAUGAUAAGUGACAUGAAAGGCACUGAAUGGCACCAGGAUCAUUGGCUCAGCCAUGUAUCCAGAGAAUCCUCCAUCCUGGAGCUACUGUUGUGCUUCUCUGGGCUGUGACAGCUGUGCACAGGAAACCUGCUUGGCACCAACACACACCAGCAAACAGCUUCCUGCUGGGGAGUUCUGCCAGUAGGAGGAGUGAAGCCUCGGGAAGCAGGAGACCAAAAAGGAUGGAAGCUUUUCAACCUGGUGGAAGGUAGAGUUCCCACUUUUUUAUUUGACCAGUGGCAUGAAAUGGACUGCAAAGGCAGUGGAAACAGCACUGAUAUACCCUUGUGUCUUCAGGGACAGCCAGCCACCACCAGCACUGCAGCAGUUGGUCCCUCUGCUGUGGGCUUGCCCCAGACCACCAGCACUGUCCCCAGUUCUUGGACAUGGUGUGAGGGUCAUUGUGAGCUGGGAACCAUCCCUCAUGGGCCAUUGGGGUCUGCAGGCUGUCCUGGAGGCAGAGGGCAGCGGUUGGACACAGCUGAGCUGGGUUAUGCAGCUCAGAGCACUUUCUGUCUGCUGGCACCUGUAUGGCUGUGAGGCUGCAUCUGCUUGGCAGCAUCCUGAGGGCAGCCAUGGGAAGGUGAAGUGCUGUAUUUCUGCUGGGCUUUCUGUCUGCCCCAUCCGCUCCCAUGGAAGAGACAUCUAGCCCCAUGCUGAGUCUCAGGUGACAAAGGAGAUCUUUGCUAGAAGGACAUGUGCUGCUGUUGCUGCCUGGUUCCAUGGCCAUUUCCUCCUGUGCAGAGUGCUGCUGCUGAAACACAGCACCAAACACAGUGAACAUCUUCAUGCUCUGUCAGCACAGCUGGUAGGAUAAAACCUUGGUGAAGACAGAGCACUGUUAGCUGUGAGAAAGUGGUGCUUUGCCUGUGGUGCCACUCGGUGCCCGUGGCGUGGGGCUCCUUACAGCAUCUGUUGCUUCAACUAGGGGCACAGCAGCAGCACAAGCACAAUUCAAAGGGCAGUGGGUUCACUUUUUCCAUCCUAGCAGCCUAUGAUGAGCUGAAGGGACCAAAGCACAGUGAAAUAACUUCUCUUCCCUUGAUGCAGUUUGUUUUGUGCUGACUAUAAAUGGCACUGAUUAUUUUUCAAUGCAGCUGCCUUACAAGGACAGCUCAAAAAAUCAGAGGGAGAUGUUUUCAUUUUGACCACCACAUCCAGUGCAUCCAAAUGCAAAUUGUAUGGAGGUGCUGAAGCUGUUUUAUUACAUUCUCAUGUGAGCAGUUGUUGGUGUUAGGUUGGUGUUAGGUUUCGCUCCUUCCAAAGCUCCAUCCCUUAAAGUCUUUCAAUUCUGCCUGUGAAAUCUUGGGCAUGUGGAAGAACUGCCAUGUUCCUCCCUGCAAAGAACUGCUGCAGAGCCUCUCGGUGCUGGCAGCAAUCCCAUGGGUGUUGGGCUGUCCCAGACACUGCACAGGAGUGUCUCUGAAAGUGUCUCUCACUGGCCACAGGGCUGCUUCCCCUUUUGGCAGGUUGUGCACCAGCCAGCUAUCAGAACUGCUUCCAGCUGUUCACCUCCUGGCUCCCUGCCCUGGAGUGAAGGGAGAAAGCAGGUUCUCACCUCAUCCCCUGUCCUUGCCCAUCGUGAUUUACCAGGGGGAACAACAGGAGGAACUCAGGGAUGUUGUUAUUCCUGGUCUUCAGGGGUCACUCCUUUCCAGACCUGCUGAAGAGCAAGCACAAAAGGCAAACCUAAUUCUUGAGCUUUCUGGGACACAGAAAAGCUGAGGUGAGCAGUGACCACUGGGAUCAGUCAGACACUUGACUGGGGCUGUUCUGCUUUUCUUCUGGAGAGACCUAGCAAGAGGGACUAGAUGGCAUGCUGACAGUUUGGGGGUAUGUUCCUUUAGGGCAUGUCCUUUACAACAUCUCAAAACUCCUCCCUGCACCUUCCUACACUGUCAGGUGUAGGAGCUGAUGGAGGUGCGAGAACCACUCUUGGAGAAGUGGGAUCUCUGGGUUGGGCACUGUGACUGUCACCAGACCUUGGAGGCCGCAUGGAGGAAGUGCUCUUCCUCAGUCUCCAGUUACAGCAGUGCCCUGCGUGCUUGGGGUCUGCUUCCUUAUCCUCACCAUGUCUCCCUGCAACUCCAAGCAGCAGGACCUUUGCUAUGUGGCUUCUUUAGAGUACUGUACCCCAGAUUGCAUCAAUUUCACUAAGUUCUGAAUAACUACAGAGGAAAUCCAUGUGGACUAGUGUAUAUGGGACAUGAUGGAUGUCUCCCCAGGGGGAUAGAUCCUGACCUAGUACUUCAGUUCUUCCUGGUUGGAGUCUGUGCAAGCCCUCUCCAUGGCUGCUGUAGUUAUGGGACCUGGGGAGGGCCAUCAAGCCCUGAGGACCCUCUCCUUCACACAGCUGUAUCACCACAGGGAGUGCUUUCCUGCCUUGCAGGAGAGGCUGCAGUGCCAACUCACUGCGCUGGCUGAGGGAUGCGUCAUUUUCCAGCCAGGUGCCACCCACCUCACCCAGCACUGGUGGUGGUGUGGGCACGAGGAGCUGAGAAGGGACAGCCCCAGCACAGUUGACCUUGGGGGUCAGCUUGCUACACAUUUGUGCACUAAGUGUGAUAAAUAUGGGAUCCUGCAGAACUCACACAAAAAAAUACACUAUUUCCACUGUUUGAUGUGUCACUGUAAUGCACUUAGCAAUUUGUUUACAUGGUGUCUCCUUCUGCUUGACUUGGGUCUGCUGUAGUGUCCUAGUACCACAUGCUGCUGGACAGACUUCUUUUUCCAGCUCUUUGUCCACAGUGGCAAAAGAGUGAGAUCCUGAAAACACUGGAAUGGCUGGAGCUGGCUCUGGGCCUUUCCAGUUUGUUGUGGGAUUUGUUGGGUAAUGGGGAAGAGAAUUCAGUGCCCUUCAGAUAGCUCUUGGAUCCAACAGGAAAAAAGGGUGCACAAAUACUGAAGGUUUUGUGUAUGUAGAUUAGAGACAAAAAUACCAGUAUGUGCUAUGUAGGGUAAUACCAUCUGAGAGUUUUACUGAAAAACAGUAGCCUUACCACCAAGGUAGUCUUUACAUCAAGUCUUUACAUCAAAGUAAUGCACUUUUCAGAAAAGCUUACUCAGCAUCGGUAGGGCUGCUGGAGAUAGAGCAGGAUUAAAGUCAGGGCUCACAGAAGCUCAAAGCAGUACUCUUCUCUUCUGAUCUCUAAAGGCUACAGCUGCUCUAGGCCAAAGACACAACGUCCUUCUUGGUCUGAUCUUGCCCUCAAACAAUGUGAUGUUUUCUGUCUUCUGUUGGCUGUUGAGUGGCACCUGUCAGUGCCAGUCAGACAUCCUCCUGUGCUAUUAAAUUGGCCUGAAUUUCAUUUCUGUUCAUUUAUGGGAGUAAUGGUAUUCUUUACCCAUCUUCCAGUUGAUGCCAUCAGCAUAGCUCCCAUGUGCACCCAGCCAAUACAUGCCAUUGAGAUUAGAGUAGUGGCAGUCAUUGUACCACCACGCUCCCUUGUAGGCACAGUUGAAGGAGCUCAUGUCAUUGUCCUGGUCUGCUGUUGAAAAUGACACAUCCUUGUGGUAUGAUAAGGAGUCUCCUGCAGGGAGUACACACUCACAGUUACUGCAGUAGUGCAAAAGGAAACCUCAUGUUCCCGAGCACCAACUGCAGGGCAGCAGUGGCCUGGCUGGAUGUAAGGCAGUUUGUAUGAAUCCCAUUCUCUUGGUUGCCUGCAUAGUCUCCUUGGUCACCCAGAAAAGGAGCGGUAUCCUGAGUUCUGCUAGGACUGCUAACACAUGCGGCAAACCCACCUAUGGCUGUGCAGCACAUGGGCCAGAUUCUGCCUGCAGUCACACAGGUGUCCAUUCUUUUGCACCACUUGCAUUCUCUGCAUUUACUGAGGUCUGGACCAGCAGACAGUGUACAAAGCCUCAUAAACCCAGAGCACUGCUAUCUCACUUGUUGGUUUCACUCAUUCCCACAUGAAGGAUACUGAAUUCUGCAGAGGAUUUGUAUGUUUUUUAAGAUGAAACAAUGACACAACCCCAACAUACCAGGAAUUCCUGGUAACCUGAUUCUGCAUUUGUUGCUAAAGUAUGUGGCAGGGCUUGUAGGUAGCGCUCUGGGUCACACAUCUGCAGGGAGUGGAUAUCCCUUUCCUUCCCUGCACCCAGAAGUCACUGCACCUGGGUCACCAUAGGCAGUUUUUAAAUACUGACCCAAAAUGUAGGUUGUGCAAGGACUCUAUGUGACACUGCUCUAGGCUGUAAAUGCUGAAUGUUUCUGAAAUGCUUUGGGAAAGUUCUUCCCAGUAAGUUGCUCAUUUACCAGCGUUCGCGCCAAGGAAGUCUCCCAGAACCAGUUUGUAUUUCUGAGACUCUCCUCAAAGUCGGAAGGAAGCAUACUUGGCAAAAUAGUAGUUGUUGCAAAGUCUUUCAGGUCAAUGUGGAGUUCACAGGCUCCUAAAAGAGAAGGAGGACAGUGGUUCUGUGGGGCUGGUGGUGAGCAUUCAACUGGGAUUCAGAAGCGAGGGAUAAAGGAGCCCUCAGCUGACUUGAGAGGAGCUGCCACUGCCAGAGAGACUGUAGAUAGACUUCAAAUUCCAGCAGAACUGCCUGUCCUGUACAUCACUGCGAAUCCAAGGCUGUCUGUGGGCAACAUGACUGUCCUCACAGUCACAGUAGGGAGAUGUGUUAUCUCCAGGAUAAGUCAUGCAGGCAGCUCAUUCAAUUCUCUGACUUCUCCUCUUUUUAGAGUGAAUAUCUCUGUGUGCACUGGGUUGCAGGAGCCUGCGUGCUGGUUAGGAUUACCUUUGGGGCCCAGGAGGAAUGUGGGAUGCUCAAGUCUGUUAAUGGCAGUGCUGUGCAGCAAUUGCAUUCUGCCCCAGUCCAGAGAGCAGGCAGUCCUUACCCAGAGAGGUGAGGAAGUGGAGGUUGUCAUUCCCCAGCCAGAACUCUGUCAGCUGGUUGCCAAAUCCUCGUUUGUAUGAAUUCCAAUCUCACAAAAAAUUCACUGACCCAUCCAAGCGUCUCUGGAAAACCUAUGGGAAAUGAGAAUUCCAUCCCUGCCAGUCGUUCUGCUCCAGAAGAAGCCCCCCUGCCUGCCUGCUGGUGGCAUGGCCUCAGCAAAGUCCCACUGCAUACACCACUCCAGAGGGCAGCUGGGAGUGCUGAACCAGACUGGAGAUCUUUCUCAUGCAAAUUCUCUUAAACUGUGCUUGGAAAUGAGGAGUUUGCUGGCUGAGCAGGAAUGGGUGGGUUUGGGGUGCUCAGCCUGCUCCCAGAGACGUUUCCCCAAAGAAUCCCCUGCAUUCACACAGGCUUGGUCACAGGAACUUCAGCUGCCCUCUCCACCUGGCUUCAUGGUGUGUUUGCCCUCUCUUUAAUGCCUUCCUCCCUUUUUACUGCUAUUUUAGUGCUAUUUGGAGUAUCAAUAAAAAACAGAGUAGGGAAAUAAAAGUUUCCCUCUCUCCAUCCUGCUCACAAUCCAUCCUCCACCAUCCGUGCCCUUAUCACAGAAGACAGUGCUAGCAUUGCGGCCUUGGGGGUGGAUGGUGUACCAUCCGCUCAGGAUCUUCCCUUUAUCCAGCAGCUCUUGGCAGUUCCUGGCUUUUGAGCAGAGCAGGGAAAGAGUGGAAGUGGAAGGAGUUACAGUGUGCUCACUGCAACAGAGAGCACCGCAGUCCCAUGCCCAGAGCUUUCAGCCUCACGGGUGUACACCUACACGAGACAAAUCCCGCUGCUCUUUGAGCUGCUACGUCACAGGGUGAUGGGCACUUUCUAAAAGAUAGAUGUGCUCAUCCCUCUCAUCUGCAAGGAGGCUUUGGAGGGUCUGAGCGAUGCGCUUACCAGAUGUAGUUGUUCUUACCUACACCAGCCUCGAGGAAUUACAAGGAGCCACACAGAAGCUGCACGUGGCUGCGAGAAGCUAACUGCUAUUUUCUUACUCUGCCUUUUGGUGUCACUACAAAUUGGUUACUGCUGCUGCCUUGUCCUGACCUCUGGUGCAGGGCUUCUGCCUUCUUGCUGUCAUCACUGUGCUGUUCCACAGUGCUGAUGGUGACACAAAAGGCCCAGGAUGAAACUCACCCAAAGGUUCUGGAAAUCCUGGCUCUCCUUUUGCUUCUGUUGGGCAAACAACACCAUGAAUUUCUCUCUGCCUUACUCAUCUGGUCCUUCCUCCUCCCACAACAAUGCUGUUUGCUUUUCAAGUCAAAUCCUGAGCCCCACAUCCAGCCAUGACACCCAGCACCACCAGCACCGGCCCCCGCUCACCCCAUUGCACAGCUGUGCAGGGAUGCAGCAUGGUGCUGGAUGCAGAGGAAGAGGAUUUUGAGACUGCACAGAACUUACUGUGGGAUGUUGAGGGCAGGAUCCAAAGUUGCAAAAAAAGGAUGGAUUUAAGUGAUUUGGAAAGGAAGGAGUAGGGGGAUACAAAUGGCUGGCAGGGAGAAGAUAGAUAGCUGAUCUGUACUUGUGUGGCCAUGCCUGUGCUGGUAACCACUGUCCUGUCAUCUUUCUAACACUGUCCCGGGUGAGAGCUGUCUGUUCUGUGUGUCUGUGUCUGUAUGGGAAGAACACAGCACCUGGAGGAGAGCUGCCCAGGUGCCAGCAGCCAGGGCAGCUACUGGCAGCAUGAGUGAGAGUCAAAAAAUGUGAAUAGAAACAUUCUCUUUAGUGGGCUGCUGUCCUGCUCAGCUCUUGGUGCUUUCUGUGCUAAUCUGAGUGCUCCGAGUGUCUGUGAAGAUGGACAUGUAUAUAUGUGUAUUUGUGUAUAUAAUUGUAUAUGUAUGUACUACGUGUAUGUAAGUUCCUCUGAGAGUAAUGCCUCCUAUUUAUUUCCUUGGAAUCUACAACAGAUACAGUGAGCACAGUAACACUGUUUGAUAGAACAAAUUAUCAGCUACAAAAGACAGAUUUUCAGCAUAGUCACCACCAUUAGCUCUGCUUCUUCACCAGUGAUGAAUAACCUGUAUGCUGUGUUUGUAUAAACCUGCACCAGCAGAGGUGACCCACUGUAGCCAUUGCCACUGCUGAAACGCACCACCCACCCCUCACUGUGCUCC